GGGGUGGGGGUGGGGGUUCCCAGGACACGCCCCGCCCCGCCCCGCUCCUCCUCUCCCCACCCCACGCUCUCCCCGCCUCCCUUUCUCGGCGCCGGCCCCUGCGCAGGACCCAGGUGUCCGGACCGCCUAGCUUUCCAUGCCUGCACACCCGCAGGGGUCCGGGAGGGUUCGAACGCCAAGCCAGCCGGCCCAGACUGAGAUUGGAGCUUCCCUCCCCCACCGCUGUCUGGGGCCAGUCCGGGCAGAGCCGGGAUGGCCAAGCGGAGCUCUCUCUCCAUCCGCAUCGUAGAAGGCAAAAACCUGCCGGCCAAGGACAUCACUGGCAGCAGUGACCCCUAUUGCAUCGUGAAGAUCGACAAUGAGCCCAUCAUCAGGACAGCCACGGUGUGGAAGACCUUGUCCCCAUUCUGGGGCGAGGAAUACAAGGUCCACCUUCCUCCCACCUUCCACUCUGUGUCCUUCUAUGUCAUGGAUGAAGAUGCCCUCAGCCGAGAUGAUGUCAUUGGGAAGGUCUGCCUCACCAGAGACGUCUUAGCUGAGCAUCCUAAGGGUUACAGUGGAUGGCUGCACCUGAAGGAGAUUGACCCAGAUGAGGAGGUGCAGGGAGAGAUCCAUCUGCAGAUGGAGAUCGUUCGAGGCCAGGGGCCCCGGAAGCUUCGCUGCACAGUGUUCGAGGCCAGGGACUUGGCCCGAAAGGAUCGUAACGGAGCAUCUGACCCCUUUGUCCGAGUGCGCUACAAUGGCAAGACUCAGGAGAGUUCGGUUGUAAAGAAAUCCUGCUACCCGAGAUGGAACGAGACCUUUGAGUUUGAGCUGGAGGAGUCUGCCCCGGGGACACUGUGUGUGGAGGCCUGGGACUGGGACCUGGUCAGCAGAAAUGACUUCCUGGGCAAGGUGAUGUUCAAUAUUCACGGCCUCCAAGCUGCCCAGCGGGAGGAGGGCUGGUUUUGGCUGCGGCCAGACCAAUCCAAGACCAGGGUGGAUGAGGGCAGCCUGGGCUCCUUACAGCUGCAGGUGUGGCUUCGGGAUGAGACGGUGCUGCCUUCCAGCCUCUACCAGCCCCUGGUGCAGCUGCUUUGCCGGGAGGUCAAACUGAGCCCCAAGGACCAUCCAGUACAGCUGAUCUCCCUAAUUGAGGAGACCACAACGGCUGAGUGUCGCCAGGAGGUGGCCACCAAUCUGGUCAAACUCUUCCUGGGGCAGGGGCUAGCCAAGGAAUUCCUGGACCUGCUUUUCCAACUGGAGCUCAAACGGACUGUUGAAGCUAACACCCUCUUCCGGAGCAAUUCCUUGGCCUCCAAGUCGAUGGAAUCGUUUCUGAAGGUCUCAGGCAUGCAGUACCUGCAUAGUGUUCUGGGCCCAACAAUCAACCGAGUCUUUGAAGAGAAGAAGUAUGUGGAGCUGGACCCCAGCAAAGUAGAGAUCAAAGACGUGGGGUGUUCAGGGCUACACCGGAUCCAGACAGAGAGUGAGGUGAUAGAGCAGAGUGCCCAGACCCUGCAGUCAUACCUGAGUGGGCUCCUAUCAGCUAUCAGUCGCUCAGUGAGGAUGUGUCCAGCAGUCAUCCGUGCCACCUUCCGCCAGCUUUUCAAGCGGGUGCAGGAGCACUUUCCUGAGAACAAGCACCAGAACCUGAAGUUCAUUGCUGUCACCAGCUUCCUGUGCUUACGCUUCUUCUCACCGGCCAUCAUGGCACCCAAACUCUUCCACCUGCGGGAGAAACAUGCUGAUGCCCGCACCAGCCGCACCUUGCUGCUCUUGGCCAAGGCUGUCCAGAACGUGGGCAACAUGGACACACUAGCCUCCCGAGCCAAGGAGGCCUGGAUGGAGCCCCUCCAGCCCAUGGUGCAGCAAGGUGUUGCUCAGCUGAAGGAGUUCAUUACCAAGCUCAUUGACAUUGAGGAGAAGGAGGAAUUGGACCUCCAGCGAGCACUUAACCUGCAGGCCCUGCCUGUGAAGGAGGGGCCCCUCUUUAUCCACAAGGCCAAGGGCAAGGGUCCACUCUUGCCCUCCUUCAAGAAGCUCCACUUCUCUCUCACCAGCGAGGCCCUCAGCUUUGCUAAGACCCCCAGUUCCAAGAAAAUGUCCUUCAUCACACUGGCCAACAUCCAGGCAGCCGAGAAGGUGGAAGAGAAGAGCUUUGGCAGCUCCCACGUCAUGCAGAUCAUCUAUGCAGGGGAAGCAGGCCAGUCCGAGACGGCCUACCUGCAAUGCAAGUGUGUGAAUGAGCUGAACCAGUGGCUGUCUGCCCUGCGCAAAGUCUGCCUCAACAACCAGGGCAUGCUGGGCUCCUACCACCCGGGCAUCUUCCGAGGAGAAAAGUGGAGCUGCUGUCAUCAGAAGGAAAAAACAAGUCUGGGCUGUGACAAAACCCGAAACCGGGUAACCCUGCAAGAGUGGAACGACCCCCUGGACCCAGACCUGGAAGCGCAGCUCAUCUAUAGACAUUUGUUGGGUGUCCAAGACACAAUGCGUGAAAAGUACCAGGAGCUGACUGCCCUGGGGGCUGCUGGGAACAUCCCCGACAUCCAAAGUGAAGCACCUGAGGACGGCCCCACCCAGCUGUUCCAGGUACUCCAGGACCUGGAAGAUGCCCACCGCUCUGGUCCUCUGACUACAGCAGACCAGGAGAAGAACUAUCUCUUGGAGUUGCAGACGUGAGACUGAGCCCUGCUCCCCUCAGGCCCAGGCUCCUCCCAAUGCCAUCCAUCCCACCCUCUGCCUCCUGCUGGGACUGUUUAUUCCCAGGAACUCCCUGUCAUGCUGGCUACCUAGGAACUCUGUGCUUUGGAGAUCUGCCUGUGGCCUGGGUGAUCCACCAGGCCCCCUGGUCCCUGGCCCUACCCUUACUUCUGCCCCAAACCAACACCCCCUUUCCAUGAGCGCUUCAGGGGGCUGAGCCUUGUCCUGGGCUGUGCAGAGGCUCUCUUCCAAGGUGUCAGGAGAGCAGUGGGAGGCUGAAGGCCCCCCUGGCUGGGGAGGGGAACAGAGACGUCCGUGCCCUGGUUUCCUGGGAUGAGUCCCCAGGCUCGGCAGCCCCAGCCCCUCCUCAUCGCUUGUCCCCCACCCUUGGCCCACUCCGAGUUACAGCCUUGAUUCUAACAUUCCAUGAGCUUCACAGUCGGGGAGCUUGGGAGCUGCGGGGAGGGAAGGGGGUGCUGAUUGGGACUCGGUGAUUCUGAGAAGUCUCUGGAGUCUGUUCCUUACUCUGCCGACCCCGUGACUGGUGUCCCUGGUCUCCCAACCGUCCUCCCAGCCUAGGGAGGAAGUCUGGAGAGCCAAGUCCCCUAGAAGGGGAUGGGGAGGGAAGAAAGUAGAUACUGUUGUCUUCUCUGCCCCUCCCCCCACUCCCAGUAUGGUUGCUCAGCCUCCGAGGGACUCAGGCUCCUGGGGCUCCCGAGGGCCAGGAGUCCAGAUCCAGCUUCCUGACUCAUCCCCAGGGGUGGAGAGCCUCAGACAGCCCCACUUCCUCUCGUGCCAGCAGCCUGUCCCCUUAGCUGGGCAUCACUGCAGAUUACAAUAAACUUUCUUUUACCAUUGUUGGACU